UCCAACCUUGCCAACCAGCGGCAACACUCGCCAAACCACCACUAACUUCUUCUUCUAGCAUACAAAAUACACCCAUCAACAAUUUACCAAGACACCGACAUGGCUCCCGGCGGCCGCAUACCUCCUCAAAAGAGGUACUGAAUUUCUUAUUCCCUUCUCGUUACUCGCCAUUUAAACUGCAACAUUAAAUAUAGAUAGUGGUAGUACAUAUGCCCCAUGCAAACUUGCGGGCGAGUAACGACCUGCAUAUCUAUGUUCUUGCUUCAUUGUUUGGUUUCACUUUUGGCAUGUAUUGUUUUGCAACCAUAAUCUUGUGAAUAAAAGAUAACGUACCUGCUCCUGGUAGUUUUACACAAGCUGAUUUGUCUCCCUUUCGCUUUCUAUGAUGCCGCUACUUGCCUCGGCAGGUGACCGGGAGUUACCCUUCCGAUCUUCAGAAUGACUAAACAUACCUGAUUCUUUUCUUGGCAGGCCACCACCGCCCGACCUCGUGGCCCACGUAUGCAGUCUUGAUGAUCUAGAGAGUAGAUGGAGGAAUUUGGAUAGCUCUUCGGCCAUAGAGCUUGACACCCUUUCAUUAACCGACAAGGGAGAGGGAUUGCACGGUCCUGCCAUAAGCGACCUUGGUGAUGCAACCAUAGCCAAGCUGAACACUUACCCCACUGCUCAAGCUCGGUUACUCCUUCGUUGCUCACCUACUCCGUAAUUUACCCCCCAAACAGACUUUAUCCUCAUGGCCUCUCUCUGAAAAAGACUUCGCGAGAUGGUACUGUCGCCUGCUUGCCGAUGAGACCACUACUUCUCAGUGGAGAGAUGCCGGCAUAGAUUGCUUCCUAUCCCACUGCGCCCAUCCUCCUCUACAGGAUGCAGAUUUAUUCAAGGCUGCCAUAUGUUUCUAGUAUACUGAAUCCAACAGCUUCGUAUUUCCUUUGGGAACCAUGACCAUCACUAUGCUCGAUCUCCUCGCAUUAACUGGCCUCUCCCAACAUCGACCUCCCACGAUCGCCAGAAUUCCUUUCAAUCGCGACAACCCUAUUCCUUUUGAUUGCUCCUACCGCUCUCUCUACAACACCAAUUCACCAACUGACCCUGCGACGCCGAUCACAGAUGAGGAACGGGCCUACUUUAUCCAUUACUAGCUGAAUAAAUUUUUUCUUUGUCCCAGUGGCAGUCAACCAGUGCAAGCGAUCGAGACAACCUAUCAAAUUGCUGCCGGUACAUGCGACAACCUUGCUGAAACGGUGUUGUGUCACUUCUAUCGGGGUAUGUACUUAACGGUUAAAUAGAUCAAAAAAGCCAUCGAGGCUAAAAAGGUCACUGGCAUAAGUCCCCUUUGGCUAGUGCAGUUGUGGUUAUAUGCUUACUUUCCCGCCGUUUGAAGCUCGUUGGCUGCUCCCACCGAGAUGGCCCACGACAUUGCGAUCUUUUCAUACGGCCACUACUAUGCCAAAGCCGCCCCACUGAAGAAAGACUUCGCCACAUACUUCCCCAAUUUCUACCAGGCCAGAGACAUCGAGAACUUUACCCCAUUUGAAGCUCGGAUUUUUGGCCCUCCCUCAUUCAAGCUUGCUUUCACCCAAAAACCAUUCCAAGAAGAUACUUCCCUCGAAGACUAUAACUGGUACGUGGAAGAAUGGGCUCGCUGGUUAGUAGCGAGAGACAUGCUAUUUGCCCCUGAAGCCUCGACCGCUCUCAGCCUCGAAGUCUAUAAUCCCCACUUCGCCGCACGUCAGUUUGGCCUUGUGCAACAAUGGCCCAUCCCUCUUGCCUUCUCAAAGAACUAUCUGCGGCUGUACACGCGGCUCGCAGCGCUCUCGGAGAGGAGUAUUGCGAAUGUGAAAUCCUGUCAGGAUUACCUGCUUCCUAACGCUUUUAAGCACUUCAAUGCAAUAGAGGGCGCAGUAACAUCGUCGUUUCAAUUGGCCUGGAAGGAUAAAGAAGUCCAAUAUUUUAACGAUCCGACUGCCAACGUCAUCAGCCGCAUAACCCAGUGCGAGGUUGAUGAUGCUGACGAUAAUGAACACGAUGAGGAAUUCAUUGUACCUCCUCCGCAUGAUUCCGCGAAGCGCCGAGCAUCAGCACUGUGCCCCCCAACAAUGUUGUUGAGACGAAAAGAAAAAUAAAGCGGCACCACUUUACCGCGUGAACUAGGCCAAAAAUCUAGCCUCUCAUUCCUUCUUCCUCGAAUAUCAAGUUCAGAAAUCAACAUUAAAAAUAAAU